AUGCUUCCUUAUCUCCAACAUUUCAGACCUUCGACCGACCAAAAACCGCCCAUAAAAGCUCUCGACCCCCAACUUCCAGUAAGUUCCGUCCCCAUCAAAUCAAUCUAUCAACCCCACAUUUCCGUAGAUUUCGCCCUGCCAUCAUUUGCCAAUGGACGUCUUCCCACGGCCACCAAACACAUGAAAUUGUCCAUGAAAAGAUCGAAUUCGGAAACGAGGCCUCUGCCAAAAAUUGAGUAUGGCCGCUCGGAGAGCCGCGAGCAGUUGACCGAUUUGCGAGACGAAUUGUUCCAAGCGAAAAAGAAAGUGGCUGGCUACGAAAAAGAUAUGAGAAAAAUGGGCACUGAGAUGAAACGGAUGCAACGAGAUGCCGAGAAAAGAGAGACUUUCCUGGAGCGAAUUGUAACCGCGCAGUAUCACCCCACCGAGUUGAACGACACACAUUUGGCUCGCACGCUGACAUCAAUCAAGCGAAAGGAAAUGGCGAAGGAGAACCUGAUUGCUAUUCAAUCCAAGGAGUUGGAACGCCUACGAGCACUUCUCCGAGAUGUACCUGGUCCUUUGGAACACAAACAUCCUACACAAUCGAUGGAAAUUUCAGAAAUUCCAGAAUCGGAACCUAGCGAGGAGGAAGUAGAAUCCGAUUACCCUGAAGAUGACGAGUUAGAUGAGGUAUUCGAAACGCCCAAGAAAGAGACCACGAAGCUAAAAGGGUCCAGCAAGGAGAGGAAGGAAUUGGCUAAGAAAUACGCAGAGCAGAAUGAAAAAUUGAAGCAAAAACUGAAAGAGAUGAAAGCAAAUUAUGUGUCAAUCGUGGAGAAAAAUAAGAAGAAAGGGGAAGAGUUUGCGAAGCAAAUGGUAGAGAAAACCGAGGAAAUUAGUAUUGCCCUGGAUUCACUUCAAAAGGAGAAGGAGGAUUUGGCAGUUGCCAAAAAGAAGAAUGAAGAAGAGAUUGAUAAUUUGAAUCAGGAGUUGAUCGAGGCAUAUGGUGAAAUUGACGCAUUGAAAAUGCACAAUGAGAAACUACAAGAGAAUUUGAAAGAUCUAGAAGUUCGAUUCGGAAAUGUCAAUCUAAGCGACUAUGAGACCAAUAUCAUGCAUCCUCUAAAUAUACCUCGUCUCGACAUGACCGAUAUUGACGUUGAUGAAAACUGCACGUUGCACGAAUACACUGAUAGAAGUGUUUCAACCGAUAUUUCGGAAUAUGAUCAUGACAUUCUCGCCGGUGUGCUGGCAGAAAUUGCCGGUGCGCACUGUGAGCGGUUGCGAUUGAUUACCCAAGAAUAA